AUGCAUACCAUACCAUAUAUUGCUUUACAUCAUGUCCAGCUGUCAGAUCACACUGAUUUUAUUGACAUAUUUGAAGAGACAGUAUGUCCAAAAUGCUGCCUGCUGCGAGGUUUACAGCAGUCGUCAUUGGCUUCCUUGGACUCUUUUCAGGGUCAGCCAGGUGAGCUAGGAGCUCAAGGUCCGAUUGGCUCCUUGGGAUCUACAGGACCAGCUGGUCUGCCAGGAGAAAAAGGACGGAGAGGUGAGAAUGGGCAGCCUGGGCCAGCUGGAGAAAAAGGUGAUAAGGGAUUACCAGGAAGUGAAGGACCCAGGGGCAAGCCUGGUUUAGACGGCUGUAAUGGCUCAAGAGGAGAUCCAGGAUUCCCAGGCGAAACUGGUUAUAUUGGACCAAGAGGUCCUUAUGGACCUAGAGGGUCGAGAGGUACAACGGGCCCAUCUGGAUACCCAGGCCAACCAGGCUUGCCUGGUGUUCCAGGUUACCCUGGUUUGCCAGGUGAACAGGGAAAUCCAGGUAUUGGAGUGGAUGGACAAAAGGGGGAGCCGGGUAAUCCUGGUUCUUAUGGACCUGCAGGAUUUCCUGGAAUGAAGGUAAGAAGAAAAAAGUAUAAGCAGCUCCCUGAACAGGGGAAACAGGAUUUGCAGGUUUUCCUGGACAACCUGGAUAUCCAGGCAUACAGAAAAGAAUGGACUUCCAGGGGUUGUCAGCCUACCUUUGGAUCCCUAAGUCUGGAGUUUGGCAACACCGUGUGGAUCUUCAACAUGAGCCAGCAGCAUGCCCUUGCUGCAGAGGCGGCUAACAGCAUCCUGGGCUGCACGAGGAGAAGUAUUGCCAGCAGGCUGGGGGAGCUGGUCCUUGCCCUCGACUCAGCGCUGGUCUCCGUCCUUGCAGAUAUUCUCAAGCUGUCUGGACACGGUCCACAAGGAGAUCCUGGAUUGCCGGGUCCUGCUGGUGAUAUGGGAUCUGUUGGACCAAUUGGUCCUGCAGGCCUGCUAGGAAGACCAGGAGAUGAUGGAACAAGUCUGCCUGGCCUGCCGGGAAUAAGUGGGGCACCAGGACCUCAAGGUUUUCAUGGUGACCCUGGUUUCCCUGGAACAGGUGAAUCAAUCCCAGGAAGACCUGGAUUUCCUGGACCACCAGGCCUACCAGGGCAGCCAGGAAGACAAGGCUUACCUGGACUACCCAGUGUAAUCUGUACUGACAGAGGGAUCCCCGGACAACCUGGAGCAAAAGGUCAGAUAGGCCUUCCAGGAAGAAAAGGUGAAAAAGGAGAAAAGGGAAUAAAAGGUGAAAGAGGUCCUACUGGGGUUCCAGGAUAUCCAGGCCAAAGAGGGAGCGAUGGCAGAGAUGGGGAGCUAGGCUUGCCUGGGGAAAAAGGAGCUGAGGGUGAUUCUGGAGAACCACUGCCGGGUGACAAAGGACUCCCUGGGGUCCCAGGACUUCGUGGGGUAAAAGGACAGAUGGGAGUGGCUGGUUUGGGGUUUCCCGGCCCUCCAGGAGUCAGAGGUAGUCCUGGAGACUUUGGUGACACUGGUAAUGUUGGGCCACCUGGUCCAAAGGGCCAGAAAGGUGAGACUGUCUGCAUUACGUUACCACACCCUGGAAAUCCAGGUCCCCCCGGUUUUAAAGGUGUUCAAGGACCAAAGGGUUUAAAAGGACUCCCUGGUCGUCCUGGACCAAAUGGCUUUGAUGGUCAGAAAGGCCAUCGUGGCAGGCCAGGAGCAGGAAUCCCUGGGCCAGAAGGCUUUCGAGGCAGAGCUGGUGAUCCCGGUGAUGAAGGUGAAAGAGGACCUACAGUUGAUGGUAAAAAUGGCCCUCCAGGUCCACCUGGCAUAGACGGUCAGAAAGGUGUUCCAGAGAAAAUCUACGCAAAGUCGGUCCCGGUUCAGAUAAAACUUACCCUCAUCUGGAGCCAUGGUGGUGAGAACGGACAGCCUGGUACCCCAGGAUUUCCAGGUGCCAAAGGUUUUAGAGGCCCAGAAGGUGAUAUAGGAGCACCAGGCUGUCCAGGCUUCCCUGGUCCACCAUGCAACACGGGCUUACCAGGGCCACCGGGACUGAGUGGUGUCACGGGCCUGCCGGGACCUCAAGGCUUCAAAGGUCAGAGGGGAGACAGGGGCCCAGAUGGGCCUCCUGGAAUCAGAGGUCUCAAAGGCUCUCCUGGCUCACGAGGUCCCCCAGGUCCUCCAGGCUCCCGAGGACUUCCAGGCCUUCCAGGCAAUAAAGGACCACCUGGUUUCCCCGGACAAACAGGAAGCAAGGGGAUUCAAGGACCCCAAGGAUUCCCAGGACUCCCAGGAACACAAGGCCCAAUGGGAAUCUCCGGUGUAAAAGGUGAAGAAGGGAAAAUGGGUCUAUCUGGGCCUAGUGGAGAAUGUGGAGAUAUGGGAAUAAAAGGUGAAAGAGGGCCUCCGGGAGAGAGUGGCUGCAUUAACAUCCGUCUUGAGAAAGGACAAAAGGGGGAACCGGGGUUUCCUGGUGAGAACGGAUUUAGAGGUGAAAGAG